GUUCUUCUACAUCCGGUGUGUUCAAACCUAGCACCAGGCAGCAGCCGACUGAAAAAGAAGAAGAAGAAGAAGAAGAACGGAGAGGGCUGCCACCAUGAAACAUCCCUAAAGAUAGAAAGCCUAAAGUCAAGACUCAGCCUAACAUUGCGAGUCUAGCGGUAACACACCCAGGGCGCGGGUCCUUAUCAUGUGGAUGUAGCCCAGCGAAGGGUUUCCACCUUCCUCUCUCCUGGGGCACAUUUUGAGGACAGAAGAGUGUCCAAACCAGCUUUUGUCUUAUGAGUGUGUGUGUGUGCUAGCGAGGCACUGCCAGUGACCAGGGCUGUGGCUGUGGUGGGCCCAGCCCAGAGGUCUUUGUGCACAUCAUUCCUGGCCCUGGUUGACCUGUGCUGCUCACACCAUGGAUCCACAGAGGGACAAAUAUGGGGAGCGGCCUGCGAGGAACACGAAGGUUUCCCAGGGAAGUCGCUCGUCUCGACCGUCAGGCUCCUCUAGUUCUUCUGGUGUUCUCAUGGUGGGCCCAAAUUUUCGUGUUGGCAAGAAGAUUGGCUGUGGAAACUUUGGUGAAUUAAAGCUAGGUAAAAAUCUCUACACCAAUGAGUAUGUAGCUAUUAAACUGGAACCAGUGAAGUCAAGGGCACCGCAGUUGCAUUUAGAGUACCGGUUCUACAAAACACUGGGAACUACAGCUGAAGGUGUGCCCCAAGUGUUUUACUUUGGACCCUGUGGAAAAUACAAUGCCAUGGUUCUGGAGCUCCUGGGCCCAAGUCUAGAGGACCUAUUUGACCUCUGUGACAGAACCUUUUCAUUGAAGACUGUCCUAAUGAUUGCCAUCCAGUUGAUUUCUCGAAUGGAGUACGUGCAUUCCAAAAACCUCAUCUAUAGAGAUGUAAAACCUGAAAAUUUUCUCAUUGGGCGGCAAGGGAAUAAAAAGGAGCACAUUAUCCACAUUAUUGACUUUGGCUUGGCCAAAGAGUACAUCGACCCCGAGACCAAAAAACAUAUUCCAUACCGGGAGCAUAAGAGCUUGACUGGCACUGCCCGCUACAUGUCCAUCAACACGCAUUUAGGGAAAGAGCAAAGCCGACGAGAUGACCUGGAGGCUUUAGGUCACAUGUUCAUGUAUUUUCUGCGUGGGAGUUUGCCAUGGCAAGGACUCAAGGCUGACACAUUGAAAGAGCGAUACCAGAAAAUUGGAGACACUAAACGGAACACUCCAAUUGAGGUCCUUUGUGAGAACUUCCCAGAGGAGAUGGCUACCUACCUGCGAUAUGUAAGACGUUUAGACUUCUUUGAAAAGCCUGACUAUGAAUAUUUAAGGACUUUAUUCACUGAACUAUUUGAGCGCAAAGGAUACACUUUCGACUACACGUACGAUUGGGUUGGCAGGCAGAUACCUACACCAGUGGGAUCUGUCCAUAUAGACUCUGGGGCAUCUGCAGUCACAAGAGAGAGCCAUCCUCACAGAGACCGGACCUCAGCACACCCGCCAAUGAGGAAUCAGACAGCAGUCUCUGAUCGACGAGGAGCAUGGGAAGUGCAGCCCACUCGCCAAGCAAACUCCUCCUACCUGACCUCGCAUCUAGCAGCGGACAGGCAUGGGGGCUCAGUGCAGGUGGUCAGCUCAACCAACGGGGAGCUGAAUGCUGACGACCCGCUCGCAGCUCAUUCCAACGCGCCGAUUACCGCCCAGCCAGAGGUGGAAGUGGUGGACGAGGCCAAGUGCUGCUGCUUCUUCAAGCGAAAACGGAAGAAGAACACGCCGCGCCACAAAUGAUCAUCAAGCAAUGCAUUGCGAUAACUGAAAUCAGUGAGGUUCCACUCAGAAUCCAAGCAGGGGGGAAAGAAGAGCUCUCGAUUGCAAUGUUUUCUGAAAGGACCGGUAUAAAAAAAAAAAAGGGAGUUUUUGUUCAAUUUUUUGGACACUUUGUCAUUUGCUGGGAAUCUUUUUGUUUUUUUCCCCUCCAGGAUGUGUGAGAUAACGUUCUGUUGGAACUUUUGCAACGCAUCAUUUUGCUGAAGAUGCAUUUUUCUCUUUUCUGCAUCUUUUUUUUUUUUUUUUCCCUCCCGUGGUUUUUGAUUUGUUGGUUUUACUGGCUCGAUGGUAUCUUCAUUUCCCCGUCAACUAACCCUCUUUGAUUUUGGGUAUUCCUGAUGUUGGACAAUGUAGACCAUGACACAGGGCAAGAGCCUAAAACCGCUUAGAUUAGCUUGUGCACUUUUUGCCUCCAAAGAGGUGUACCGUGGGACCAGUGAGCACAGGAGACUACAGACACACGCACACACACACAACUCCUACACUGUGUUCUCAGAGGAGGAUCUCUUCUCGACACACUACAAUCCCUCCAGACUCUUGUCCUGUUUUAUGAUCUCUCCGAGUUGGACUGGAAGAAGAAACUAUUUAUGAUAUUUAUCUCUUGGUUGCCACCAGUUUUCUUACUAAUUCAACAUACACGCUGAAUGUAUGGACGGAAAAAGUAAAUGACUUGGGAGCAUUUAUGAAAUUUGUCCUGUGCAUUGGAAUGAAAGAGACCAAUGUUUGUUUAAGGUGAGACCAAAUUUAAUGUGGGGGGGUUGACGUGAUUUGCUUAAGAUGGCAAAUAAUAGACUCUACAGCAGGAGUUGCUUUGGAGCUUCUCAACACUACUGUUCACUGCCUUAACCCCAAACAACCACCUCACUUUACUGGUGUAGUAAAGAAGGCAUCUUGAUCAGAUGGUUGUUAGAUCUGCAUCAGUUUGUGGGGUUAAAUGAUUUAUAAAGCAACAAAAAACAUAAAAAGCCCAAAGUUAUGUUCCAAUAAAUGGAAGGUCCAGCCUGAUGCCUCGCACACGCACUGCAAGGCAAUCCUCGAUGAUCCUGACUGUCAACAUGGAGAUGAUUCAAUUCUGACUUCACGUCACAGAGGGCUGCCUUGAAACAAUAUCCUCAGUAUGUCACCUUGCCUAUCCUCCUAACAGUUUUUAUUUUUUUAAUUUCAUGUCUUGCUAAUGUGAACUUUUUUAAAUGCAAAUUGUUUGUUUAAUCCAAAUAGCCAUGGCUUUAUGAGUAAGAAAAAGAGUAGCAAUGUGGGGAAAAAGAAGAAAAAAAAAAAAGCUUGAGACCAUGACUGCACUACUACAUUUGUUGACCGCAGCUUUCCUACUUUGUUGAUUCUUUAAAUGAUAUGUUUUAGGUUAGGUGUGUCUGCCUCAUGUGCCAGCCCUCUGCCAGAGGUGCAGGGGAAUAUACCCCCACCCCCCUUCCUCCUGCCCACUCCUUUUUGUGUGUGUGUGUGUGUGUGUGUGUGUGUGUGCGCGCGCGCGCGCCCCAUAUCUCACCCUUCUCCAUACACACACAAGCAUGCACACAUACAUCCUCAUGAAUCCACUCUCACUUGAGGGCGGGACGUGGAGUUAAGUGGACCUGCGCCUGCAUCUUUUUUUUUUUAAAAUAUAAUGUAGAUGUCGAUCAAUAUCUCACUGAAUCCAUAUGCUUGUUGCUUGUAUUUACACUGUACAGCUUUUGGUUUGUUCUUAGCCCUCACUAGUCAGGUGAGGCCUGAGUUGUUAUUGAAAGUACUUGAAUAUGAGCAUCUAUGUGACCUUUUCUGAUAGUUUGUCAUCAAUAUGAUAGUAAAUGAGGGGAAUGGUGGGAAAAUAGGCUACUUGAAUGACAGGUAUUCAACCCUUUGAGACAUCAUUGUGGCUCUUCGCUGCUGGACAGGUCAUAGUGAGAUGGAUAUCCAGAUUAAAAUAGCCUUUCAUAUUUCCCCAGAAUUCCCCGAGUGCCAUUCCUGAGACUACUAUAAGUCCAUGCCUUUGACCUGUGCCAGGGAAGUUGAAUGUUUUUUUUCCAUUUUUGUUUUACACUUGCAUUGCGUCCUUGAUAUUAAAAGGUGUUCACCAUCAUUAAAAUAAAAUAAUAAUAAUUCGUAGUGCACGGUGGCUGAAUCAGGUUAACAGGAAUUGUUGGAAGAGAGCCAGGAAACGUUGUCGUCACAUCUCCAGAAGUGAGCUUUGCAGCUUUGUGUCUCUUCCUGUUACGUUGACAGAUGUUCAUUUCCUUUGCGACUGUUUGGGUGGUAUGUGCAUGGCUUAUCCAGGGCAGAUGGCGCUCUAUCUCCCCUGGAACAUGUCUGUUGUCGCCUCUGUGAGACGUUAUGGCUUUCGGUCACCUAUAUGAAUAUGAAAAAAGACAUUCCAUUCACUUUCCAGCCAAUUCUCCUCAAGCCCACCUGGAUUUUUUUUUUUUUUUUGGUUACAUCGGACUUCCAAGUGGUGUGUGACAUCCAGGAGUGUAGUGUCAAAGAGGAGGAAAACAGGCUUACGACGCUUCAAUUGGGUAUGAUGGGCUUCAUACUUUUUGGGUUCUCUGGCACUUUUCCUCGUUGCUGUACUGUAGAAUUGUCUUGGAUUUACUGUAAUUUUCUUUAAAGAAGAGGGUGACAUUUACUGCAAUGUUGUGAUGCUUAUUUGUAAAUUGUACAGACUUCACAAUUGUCUUGGUUGUUUUUGUUGGGAUUCCUUAAAGCUGUAUGUUGGGGUUGUUUUUGUUUAUGCCCCCCACCCCAACCCCCGCACACACACACACCAUUCAGACUAUUUUCUUCUCAACACAUUUUCCCCCCAGAGCUAUGAUAAAGGCAAAUCUUAACUAAAUCUAUAGUGUUGAAAUAUGAAUGUCACUUCAACAAUGUAUUUUGAGUUAGUCAAGGGCUUCAAGAGUGAAGGACCCACAUUCCUGAUUCCCCCCUUUUCUUUUUUUUGUAAUUAGAAAAAGCCUGAGAUCAUUUUUUUAAUAAGUUGCCUAUUGUUCCCUCCUUGGAUUCAUGUUAUUUUGUCCUUAAUGAAAAAAAAUCACUUUUUAUUCCCUCCAUGCCUAAAGGGAAGUCCCGUUCGCACCCUUUUUUAUGUAAAAUAAAAUAUUUC